AUGACGCUUUCAAAAGAUGGCGGUCCAUUAAAUCCGACGCAGCAGCACUACCUCAAAAAGGAGCUCCUUAAUAUAGAGAUAAUUACUGAGUUUAACAAAUUGUCGCCUACAUACAACGAUACCACCGGAUUAAGACGGUUUGGUCCUCCUUUUAAGUGCUAUGAUCCUAAGAACGCGGCAAUUAAUUCUGAACAGCUUCGCUAUUCAAUGAGCUCAGAACAGAUUGAAAUGUACAAUGAACAAUUCCCCAUCUUGAGGUUUUUCUUGAACCAGUAUGUGGCAGGAUUUCCGUUCAUUAAAAUGCACCUAAAGAAACUUGGAUCGACCACAGAGGACCAAAGUUUCUUCUGGGACAAGAUACAAGUUUUGUUUGAAGUGUGGAAGUCCAAGAGAAUUAGUAACAGCAACGACCGUGGAGAAUUGUCAAGGAGACAGCUUGCCCUAUAUAAGACGAAAUCCUUGAUGUUGAUGCUGUUCAAUUCUGCUAUAAGAUGCACCGGUGACGAUAUUUAUUUUGGUACAGACUCUACAGAGCGAAAUGCGUACAAGAAAUUGCAGAAGCUGAUUGGAGAUGGGAAGUCCAAGGAGGUAGAUAACGAGUCAGAUCUAGAAAGUCUAAACAAUUUCGAUGAAAGUCAGUAUAUCGAUGGAUUGGACAUUAAUGUUGCUGGAGUUUGCAAAUUGGACGAUACAGCUGUUGGAUUAACGAAAUCUCACUACAUAUUUUUGUUAAGGGUCAGAGAUGAAGAGACAGACAAAGAAUGGUAUGUGAAAAGACGAUACUCUGACUUUGCUCAGUUUCACAAGCAGAUUCGAUUGACAUAUGCUGGGAACAACAUUCCUUAUCUACCGAUAAAGGACAAAUCAAGGUCUUCUUAUACAGAGGAAAUUGACGAAGAAGAUGAAACUAACAGUAUUACAAGCUCUGUCCUGUCCUCAGCUGUUUCCCAAGAAUCCGCCAAUACAUCCACAAGUAUAUCAGUGAUGGAGAGAAGCUUUCUGAAGACGUUUGGACUUCAAUCUUCAAGAACAGAAGUAAGCGAAUCAUCAUCGACCAAGUUGGCUGUCACAUUUCCCCGAGAAAACUUGCGUGUCUCGUUAAGGGGAUACUUAAGAUCUUUGUCCGGUAUAGAGGUGGUUAGACAAUCACCAGAAUUCAUGAAGUUUCUUGGAGAGUCUCCAGAACUAUUGACGGAAUCUGAGCUACUAGAUAUCCGUGCAAGAGAAAGAUUGGAUUACUUAGUCAACUUACAGCAUCUUAAGUUUCAAAGAGAAACAAUUAAAGUAGUCAAGAGGAUUGAGAAAUCAAUGACCGACUUGAAAGAGGAGGUGGUGAACUCUGGAAUGGAAUACGUAUUUGAGCAACUCAGAACUCACGAGACUAUCGAAAGUUUGACUCCACCGUUCAAAGCUCUUGUUCAACUCAUAGAACUAGAGGUAGCAAGUACUGAGUACGAGUUACUUAUAGGAAGCGAUAGUGCAAGAGAUACAUUCAGGAGUGUGAAGAGGAUGCAUACCUUGUUUCCAUAUAAAAUGAUUGCCACCAUUAUGAGGUUCACAAACCCAUUGCAGGUUGCUAAGAAAAUGAUAGAUAUAUUCACAUAUCAAAUGCCUCAUAUUUUCCGCAAGGGAAGAAGACAAUCACUGUUGCAACUGUUCUUUACUGGGAUGCUAAAUGACGAUGUCAAGAAGGCUGAGAAAGAUAUCGAACAAGCCAGAGAAAAGUUUGAAGAGGGGACAAAUGCCAAUCCUGAAUACACUUCGGUCUUGAGGAAGAUCGAAGAGUAUUUUGAGGUUAGCGAUAAUAUGGUAUUACAAAUUAAGAAGAAGGCGGAAUAUUUUGGGAUGGAUUUAUUGAUGAGUUUGUUACUAGAAGAAGGAUUGAAGACUCCCAUUCCGGACAGAAUUUCAGCUGAAUUGAUCGAGUCAUAUAAGCUGCAAAAAGCCAAAAAGUCAAAACAUUCGAGUGAUACUACGCUAUAUCGAAUGGCCGAGAUAUAUUUUCAAUUUCAGAUUAAAAAGUCCGAUCGUUCCAUGCUUAUAGAACUAUGGGAAGGUACAGAAAUGAUGGCUGUCACCAAGGAAGUAUUUGCAAUUUUUUUUGAACCACUAAUAGCACUUUUCAAGAAGGCAGAACUGUACAGAUACAUUCCAAUAUUUGCCAAAUAUAUGAGUGAAUUGAUUGGAUUGGUUGAACAGUACCAACGUGACUAUAGUAAAUUUAACCAGACUGAUAUCGUGGCAUCUUUUAUGGCAUUAGAGGAUAAGUAUGCCCAGUACGGAUACGAGUUCCUUCAUAACUUGUACCUGAAAGAUUUGGCUACGGUGGAUGAGGACGAAAGAGUUUUUGACGGAAUAGCCAGAUGGCUCGAUGGAUUCGUCAAGCUUCUACAAUUUACCAAAGAGAAUGGAGAUCACUUGGGGGUCAGCAUUGAUAUGAACGAACUCUUGCUCAGCACCGUCAAAAAAGAGGAGGACAGAGAACGCAUAGUAUUCCGGGUGGAUGAGAUUAUAGCCGGUAUUGAGAAAAAGAAGCAGUAUUAUUACGAAAAAAUGAAGGCAGAAGGGACGGAAAACAUUCAAAUUGGUCUGGAUAAUGAUGAUAACGACUACCUAAAGAAACACCGAAACGAAAAGUUGACCAAGAACUGGGAUAAAAUUAACAGCAGAGUUAUAAGGCUGACCAAUAAACUGGGAGAAAGUGGGGAUAAGCCGGGAGAAAAUAGAGGUGGAGGUGUUUAUGGAGUGAUCGGACUCAACGAUGCAGAUAUUCAGGAGAUGAACUUAGAUUUGAUGGAGGAUGAGAAAUACGACGCAACAGAAAAUCCAGUGUCAAUUAGACAAUCGAGAAGAGGUUCAGAGUUUUUACUUGCAUAUAGGAAGGCCAACUCUGAGGGAAGAUUAGAGAGUGAUGCAGACUAUAAGAAUUUACAGGAAUGGGAAGAUACAAAAUACCGGGAAGACUUGGGAAAAUUGGCAGACACGUUCAGGAAGCGUAUAUAUGAAGUGCUCAAGCAGUUUCAGGGGUAA